UGACUCUCCCUUGCCUGUGACUUCACGUGUCUGUUUUGUAAAAUUCCAUGAGCCUGAGUCAGUUGGAGUGUCACAACACCUGACGAACACCGUCUUUGUGGACAGAGCCUUGAUUGUGGUCCCUUUCGCUGAAGCGAAGCAGCCGGCGUGAGUCGCUUGUUCAUAAAACAUCUUAUGAAAGUUGAGAGCACAUCCCACGGGACAACUGGCUGUGCUUGCUAACGUUUGGUUCAUGACUUAAAAAACAAGUACAGGUGAUAAAAUCUUGGCAGUGUUGACAACAGUGUGUAUUGUGACUUUAAAUCUCAUAGCUGCUAAUCCUACAAAUAUACUUGCAACAAUCAGUCAGGGAUCAAGAUUUACAGACAAGACAAAAAAAAAAAGUGGAGUUUUAUUUUUUAAUUUUACAACAGAGUAGUUAGACUGAGGUGGCUUGUCUGCAAGUCUUGUCUGUGUGUUGUUGAUGUUUUCUUGGAGCACGUACUGAAAUGUUUCUUUCUUUUUUUCCUCCAGGAGUCAUUCCUGAUGAAUCUAAAGCUAUGUCGCUGCUGGCUCCAGCCAACGCUGUGGCAGGAAUGAUGCCUGGGGGAGGUCUCCUUCCAACACCUAAUCCUCUGGCGUCUAUGGGAGGGACACCAUUUGGAGGUCUUGGAGCUCCUAGCAUGGAUCAAAUGGCUGCCAUGGGUAUUCCAGGGAACCCCAUGAACCCCCAGGCUCUUUCUGCAGACUUCCUGAAGCUCAUGCAGUCCAUGGACCCAAAACUGAAUCCAUUAGCAGCUGGACUAACCUUGAAUGCAGGCCUGAAGGCGGACGCCUCCAACAAGGAAAUCGAAGAGGCUAUGAAGAGAGUCAGAGAGGCCCAGUCUCUCAUUUCUGCAGCCAUUGAGCCUGGAAGUAAAAAAGAUGACAAGCGCAAACAUUCCCGUUCCCGUUCGAGGUCACGGCGCAGACGGUCCAGGUCUCGCUCACGACACAGACGUUCAAAGAGCAGGUCCCGCCGCAGGUCUCAUUCCAGGAGCAGGAGGAGGUCCAAGAGCCCACGGAGGAGGAGGACCCGCUCCCGCGAAAGAAACCGCCUUAGCAGAUCCAGCGGGGACAGGAGAAAGGAGGAAAAGUCCAAGAAAAGGUCCAAGACGCCCCCUAAAAGCUACAGCAGUGCCAGGAGGUCUCGAAGCAUCACCCGGAGACACAGGAAAAGUCGGAGUGCCUCCCGGUCCCCCAAGAGGAGGAUCUCCCGGUCUUCGUCGCCCAGGCGCCACAAGAAGGAGAAGAAGAAGGAGAAGGACCGUGAGAAGGAGCGGGAGCGGGAAAGGAGGGAGGACAGGGACCGCAGCAGGGACGAACGAGAAAGUUCAACCAGCAAGAAAAAGAAAAGCAAAGACAAGGAACGAGAUCGGGAUCGCAAGUCUGAUAGUGAGAAAGGAGAUGUGAAGGUGACUCGAGACUACGAUGAAGAAGAGCAAGGUUAUGACAGUGAAAAGGGGGAGGAAGAGGAUGAUGAAAGAAAGACCGACUCUGAUUCCGUCUCAUCCCCCAAAGGCCCAGAAGAAGUGGAGAGGGAAAAGCCUCACGCCCCUAAAAAGUCCAAACUAAAUGGAGACGAUCACCACCAGGAAGACAUGGAGAUGAGCGACUAACGGCAAACCAAUCUUUUCACUGUCCUUUUUAUAUUUUUUAAUAUGGGCCACAAUUUGUCCGUGCCUGAUCACAGUUGAACUGUUUUUUUUGUCUUAACUGUACAAGUAUUGUGGAGGGAGUCAUUAUUUGAUAUAACACAAAAAAAUGGUUUUCAACCAUCAUUGCUGUAUUUUUAAUUUUUUUUUCCUUAAGCUUUUGUUCCAACCUGAUUUGAUUUGAAAAUAGAAUACUAAACAUUUUAUGUGAAAUAUCUGUAAAUAUACUUGUCAGGAUUCAGCUCUUUUAUUCAGUCUACAGUUUUGCUUUAACUGUGAUGCACUGUAAUGUCAUGUUUGUGCUCUCUCAUCUACAACUCUUUAAAAGAUACACUGUAGAUAGAAAUGUUGUGGCAAUUAAAUAGUCUGCAACAGAUUUUUCCAAAGUUCGCAAAUAAAAUAAGAUUGAACUCUUGACUUGUAACAUCACUUACAGACCAAUAAAGGUACAGUUCCCAGUUUAUCAAAAUACAACUAAUUGAGGUUUUUUUUUUCCCUCCUUGAUGAAUUGCAGGGUUAGCUGCUACCGAGAGCAUGUUUUCAGCCUGGAUCAGACUUCUCCUCUCCAGACAUUGAACACAUUUAAUUUGAAUAUGAAAGAGCAUGCAGUCCAAACUGUUACUUACGUGGGUUUUUAUUUUAGUAUAUUUUGUAUGAAAAUAGUGUUGGACACUUGUACAACAGUUCUUGCUUUACAACUGACAUGUAGAUGGAUCAAUAAUAUCCAAGAAAAAAAACAAAACACUUUCAAUUGGAGCAGCUGAAGUUGGGAAGGAGCGUCACAUAAAUGCAAAUCAUUACAUCAGUGAGGAGGCACGGUUCCACUAGCUGCACUUACCUGUGCUAAGGAAUGUAAUAUCAAUAAUGAAUAUGCAUUUCAUUUUAUGAAAGACUUUUUUUUUUUUUAAGUUUAAAUGGGUCAGGAUGCUGAACAGCUCUGAGCUGCUUGUACAAUAGAAACAUCCUGCAAGUACCAGUGAGAAAACCACUCUUUAAACUGAUUUCUUUCUUUUCCAGAAUGGUUUCUUCCCAGGAUCUUUAUGACUUGCACACAAAUGAAAUGACAUCUGAGGGAGGUUCAUAGUUCAUUAUUGAGGGGAAAUGAAGAUAGAAUUGAGAUUUGUUUUUAAAAAACAAGAUUAUGUACAAAAAGUGCCACCACAUACAAACUUUCAAAUGAACACAAAUGAUGUUACGUUUAAAAAAAGAAUUACAUAAUUCUUCCUCUUGCAGAAAAUGUUUCAAACUUGUCAGUUUAGAAGAUGAAAACAAAAAGACA